AUGGAGAUUGAGGAUUUGAAAACUUCAAGCCGAUUAAUCCACAAGUCUUCAUUCAGCAUCAGCAGCCUCUUGUGGAGACGAGAAGGAGCGAUGGGUGACCAGGAGUCUCCUUCUGAGUCCCAGAAAGUGCGCUCUAGUCAACUUGCAAAAUCCAGUCAGGAUCAAAACUUUGAGAAGUCAAAACAAUGCACAAAGGUAGAUACCAAAUCGGGGACUGUAGCUGGGAAACGAGACGGAAAUAAGGAAGAAUCGAGGAAAACCGGAGGGGUAGAAGAAAGCAUUAAACCCGAGAAACCACCUUUUAGUUACAACGCGCUCAUCAUGAUGGCAAUCCGCCAAAGUCCCGAAAGACGGCUCACACUCAACGGCAUAUAUGAGUUUAUCAUGGACAACUUUCCAUACUAUCGCCAAAACAGACAAGGGUGGCAAAAUUCAAUCAGGCACAACCUGAGCCUGAACAAGUGUUUUGUUAAAGUGCCGCGCCACUACGAUGAUCCGGGCAAAGGCAAUUACUGGAUGCUGGACCCCUGCAGUGAGGACGUCUUCAUAGGUGGCACAUCCGGAAAACUACGGCGCAGAGCCUCAGCUGGCUCCAGAGCCAAGCUUGGGCUAAAAAGGGGAGGAGGUCGUCUGAUGUCCUCCAGCACCGCAACCAGCGUCACUUUGGCCGCAGCAAGUUCAUUUUACUGGCCGGUGCCGCCGUUCCUACCUCUCCAAGCGCCAGUGCGCACCCACCUUGGCGCGGGGGCUUAUCUGAGCGCUCAUCCUCGCUUCUCCAACCACGCCACGUCGGUUGUUUCACAGCGGGCCCGACUGAGUGCGAAUUCUGCGGACACUGACCGGUUGGUACAGACGCACCGGGAGAUGUCUUAUAUCGGAGUCAGUUGCGCGCAGUCCCGUCGCCACCAGAUUGGCACCGCGUGCACCGCGUUCUCCACAUCCAUCCCUACGUGCACCCUGCCGCUGUCAGAUCCGUGCUCUUUUAACAUGAUCUCCGGACAAGCCAGCUACUUUUACUCUCACCACAUACCGUGCGCCGCCACGUUUAGUCAAGAGGAGUGUACCACCUCCAAGACACCAGCGGCACCGUUUUUACCUAGGAACGGUUACUCAGACCUCGGAGGAUGCUGCAGUGACUUUUCAAAUUACUGUCCUCAAGUCAGUCCAAGCCCUUCGUCUUGGAAUAUAGAAAAAUAA